AUGGACGCCGGACAACAGGUCACAAGGGAGAAGUACGACCUCAUGUACAAAAAUCGGCUACUCUAUACAACUCACUUUCUGGAACGAAGAAUGUUGGACUUCUUCAGUGGCAGGAAUUUGAACAAGUCUAUAAAUACAGACGAAGCAGUGGUGUGUGCUGCGGUGUUGUUAGUGGCCGAGGUGACUGGUGAGGGGUCGGAGGCGACAGAGAAUUUGAUUGUAAUGUCUGAGUUUGAUGUGGCCUUUAAUGUUUACGAGAGUGCCAUUCUCAAUGUGUCAGUGGAGGACAAAUCAUCAGAGUGUCAGAAUGAAAUCGCCGUCACUUACAACAGGGUCGUUCAUUGGAAGAGGAGGUAG